CGACCGAGGCGGGCCGAUGGGGCCUGGAAACUUUUUUGGCUGAGCGCCAGAGCGCCAGAGUGCCCAAGCAGUGGACGACAGCGAGCGACGCUGCCAACCCAACCGCUCACUUCCCCCCUCUACCUCGCCCUUCCCAGUGGCCCCAUCCUCCGUGCAUAGUCUGGCGACCGAGCACAUCACACAGCAGGGCAGGGCCAGCCGGGAACCGCAUCAGGGGCGCGCCAAUUGGGCGGCAAUCGCGUUGUUUCGCACCGUGCAGGGCCAGCAGUGCCAGCCCCGACCAACUCGAGAGAGCAUCCGACACAGACACCCAUACCCACAGACACCUCCACCUCCACCUCCACGAUGCGGCAGCGCAGGUUGUUGAGGUUCCAUGGUCUCAGGCGUCCACGUCUGCGCCAAACAUGGAACAAGUACAACCUGUUCAAUAUCGCGACGCUGCGCGAACCGUUCCUCGCCCCCAAGACCUUCUUCCAGCAGAAAUGGAUUGCCAAGUCCCUGACCCGCGGCUAUCACGGCGAGCACAUCAAGGAGUACCAGUGGGAGCGCAUGUUCAGCCGCCGCCUGCUCUCCGCCGUCAAUAUGGACCCCGCCUACAUGGCUCGUUACAACGGCAGUGAACAGGCUGCCGGCCGCGGUUCCGGCCUGAUUGGCGCCCGGUCAAUACAGAACAAGGGCAAUCUGCGAGGGCCGACCCCGUACAUGCAGAUGACCUUCGCCCCCAUGGAGCGCCGCCUCGACAUCGCCAUCUUCAGGGCCCUCUUUGCCAGCAGCGCGAGGCAGGCCCGCCAGUUCGUCGUCCAUGGCGCCGUUACCGUGAACGGGAAGAAGAUGACCCACCCCGGCUAUCUCCUCAACCCAGGCGACAUGUUCCAAGUUGACAUCGAGCGCGUCAUGACGGCGACGGGGAAACCGAAACGCCCGGCCCAGAAAAAGGCCGACUCGACCACCUCAACCGCUAGCGAGCCCGCCUCCGACGAGGCCGACGAGGCCGACGCCGCCGAAGCCGAAGAAGCAGCCAGCGAAGCCUCUGAAGACGCUGCGGAGGCAGAAGACAUAGAAGACGGCGAGGACAGGCACAUGGCCACGCUCAAACUGCUCCAGCGGCGCGCGCAGGGCGUCUUGGAGGCCCGGAGCGUAUACCUUCGCGCCAAGCGCAAGCUACAGCUGCGCAGACUGCUCCUGAGCGUCAAGCACACCAUGAACCGCAGCCGGAAAUCGGCCUCGGCGUCCGAGAUGAGCGACGCCGAGUACGAGCUGGCCACGCUGCUGGAGGGCCUGUCGCUCUCGCCCGUGGAAGCGCGCAAGAGGCGGAAUCAGCGGCGACAACGGCACAAGGACCGGGCCGCCGCGGAGGAGGGCCUGCUCACCCCGCAGCAGCGCCGCGUGCUCGAGCACAUGAUCUGCCUCGAGCUCGAGAACCCGCACGACCCGUCCAAGCCCUACGCGACCCCCUGGAGGCCGCGCGAUUGGAUGGCCCCCUUCGCCUUCAUCCCGCGCUACCUCGAGGUCAACCAGCGCAUCUGCGCCGCCGUCUACCUGCGCCACCCCGUCGCCCGCCCCGGCCGCUCCGAGGUGCCCACCCCCUUCCCGCCUAGCAUCUCCCAGCUGGCCUUCAACUGGUAUCUGCGGAGGAGGUAAAAAGAAAAUAGCAAAGCAGGGCCGGGCGAUGAGAGAGAGAGAGGUGAUGAUGGCGGGAAAACGCGCGCUCCGUUGUUGUAAUAAACAUGGGGUAGUGGUUUG